AAAUGCUUCGAUUCUCUCAUUAUUUAUCCAGUGUUAGCGAAUUUGGGAAAUAGGGUUUUCUCUUAGUUUUUCUUUCGACAAAAACCGAAGAUGAUCGAGGUGGUAUUGAACGAUCGUCUAGGCAAGAAGGUGCGCGUGAAGUGCAACGACGACGACACCAUCGGAGACCUCAAGAAGCUUGUUGCGGCGCAAACCGGAACCCGAGCCGACAAGAUCCGUAUCCAGAAGUGGUACACGGUUUACAAGGACCAUAUCACCCUCAAGGAUUACGAGAUCCAUGAUGGCAUGGGGCUCGAACUAUACUACAAUUAAAAAACUAUGAUUAUCAGGGUUUCUAUUUUAUGUUAUCUUUAUGGUCUUUGAUUGAACAAAGCUUUGAUUUUCAUGUAUGGAUGUAAUAUAAUCGUGGAUGGUGGGUUCACCUUUUUUAAGUACUGUUAAUGGAAUAAUAAGUUUAUGAAUUCUGGGUUUUCUUUAG